UUCUUGUAUGAUGGUAAGUGUUUUAUAUAAGUACCAUUGGAAGGAUAGGAAUAUAGCAAGCUUAUGAAGGCAACAACAACAACAUAACUUCCAUUUCUUUUAUCUCUCUCUCUCUCAUUUUUCUUCUCCAUUCUUUUCUUUGUUACAAUUUUUCUUCUCCAUUCUACCAUGGCCAAUUUGGAAGCUAUGACACAAGUAGAAGAAGAUGAACGUGAAGUACAGAGAAAUUAUUGGAGAGAGCAUUGUGCAAAUUUGUCAGUUGAGUCAAUGAUGCUCGAUUCAAAUGCCUCCCAUCUCGACAAAGAAGAGAGACCUGAAGUACUCUCCCUAUUACCAGCAUAUGAAGGAAAAUCAAUUUUAGAGCUUGGGGCAGGCAUUGGAAGAUUUACAAGUGAAUUGGCCAAAAAAGCAGGGCAAUUACUUGCUGUGGACUUCAUUGAGAGUGCAAUAAAAAAAAAUGAAAAUAUUAAUGGACACCACAAGAAUGUCAAGUUCAUGUGUGCUGAUGUCACAUCUCCAAACUUGCAUAUUUCUGAAGGAUCAGUUGAUUUGAUAUUCUCAAAUUGGUUACUCAUGUAUCUUUCAGAUGAAGAGGUUGAAAAUUUAGCUGAAAAGAUGGUGAAAUGGUUAAAAGUUGAUGGAUAUAUAUUCUUUAGAGAAUCUUGUUUUCACCAAUCUGGAGAUUCAAAGAGAAAAUACAAUCCAACUCACUAUAGGGAACCAAGAUUUUACACUAAGGUAUUUAAAGAGUGCCAUAUGAGUGAUGAUAAUGGAAAUUCCUUUGAGCUUUCUCUUGUUGGCUGCAAAUGCAUUGGAGCUUAUGUUAGAAAUAAGAAGAAUCAAAAUCAGAUUUGUUGGCUAUGGCAAAAAGUUAAAUCACAUGAUGAUAGAAGGUUCCAAAGGUUCUUAGACAGUGUUGAGUAUAAUCAUAAGGAUAUCUUAAUCUAUGAGAAAGUUUAUGGUCAAGGCUUUGUGAGCACAGGAGGACUUGAAACAACAAAAGAAUUUGUGGCAAAGUUAGGACUAAAGCCAGGUCAAAAAGUCCUAGAUGUUGGUUGUGGUCUUGGAGGAGGUGACUUUUACAUGGCUGAAAAUUUUGAUGUUGAAGUUAUUGCAAUUGACCUCUCCAUAAAUAUGAUUUCUCUAGCUAUCGAACGCGCAAUUGGACUCAAAUAUGCAGUUGAAUUCGAAUGUGUCGAUUGCACUAAAAAAACAUAUCCUGAAAAGACAUUUGAUGUAAUCUACACUCGUGACACUUUGUUACACAUCAAAGAUAAACCAACACUUUUCAGAUCAUUUUAUAAGUGGUUGAAGCCUGGAGGUACACUUUUAAUUAGUGACUAUUGCAAAAGUGUUGGAAAUCUUUCAAUAGAAUAUGCUGAGUACAUUAAAAAGAGAGGAUAUUAUAUCCAUGACAUGAAUGCAUAUUGUCAGAUGCUUGAGAAUGCUGGAUUUGAUUAUGUCAUUGAUCAAGAUCAAACAAAUUUGUUCUUGAAAACUCUACAAAAAGAGUUAAAUUCCCUUGAGAACAAGAAGGUCGAUUUCAUCAACGAAUUUUCGGAGGAUGAUUACAAUGAAAUUGUUGAAAGAUGGAAGGCCAAGAAGAUGAGAGGUGAAGCUGGUGAGCAAAUAUGGGGACUGUUCAUUGCCAAGAAAAUUUGAUGCUUCUUUCUUAUGUUAUCAUGUAAUGAAUGCAUUUAGAUAAGUGUGAACAACCUUCCAUUAAUAAUUGUUCUGCUUUUAGAAUGGAUAGUUUUGUAUGCAUCCUAUUUUCUAUUCUAUAUGGAAGUAAUUGUGAUGUUCACUAAAUUAUUAUGGUUUUUAUAUAUACAUUACUAUUUUUAUUA